UUGCCGUCGCAGCAGCGAGUCGACGGGACAAUGUCCAAGUCGCUGCACUCGCCCACGGCGCGACUGCUGCAGUCGUCGCGCCUCUUCUCCCUGCCGCGACCGUUACCUCCGCCGAUACUAGAAUCUCCUUCGGCAUCAGGAGCAUACAAGGCUUCGGAAACCGCCACGCUGCCGUAUCCCACUCACCAGGCCAUCGCGACACCUGCAUCGUCCCAUUUUCGAGGAGACUGGGGCCUCAAGCGCCCGAUCCCACGAAAGACGACUGCACGAAGCACGACCCCGGUCAUCCGCGUACGAGCUCAGGACAACACCCAGCACAUUACCGACUUCGAGAGUGCUGCAGACCACGUCCUGACAGAGGCCAAAUGGCGGCAGAUGGGUAUUCCGCUGAUCAACAAGGACGGGAGAACGAACUACUCCGGCAACCGAGGUACACCCCAGAGCGUUUAUGAUGACAACCUUGACAACACAGACCCAGAUGCUACUCGUUUCGAUGCGCAGCUCCCAUCGGGUCGACAAAACCUAUCAUCCGCUAAUGCAGAGACCGGGAACCAGAGAUGGAAGUUUGCUGGCCCAUGGCUUGCGGGAAUGGAAGAGGGAGAGUUUGAGGACUACGUAUCGGACAAAUUGAGUAAGAGGAAGGCUGAGUUCAAGAAGUUCCUGGCCAAGCGCAUAUUGGAGAAGCGCAUUCGUGAUGAGGAGAGAGUGAAUCGUGAGCGUGGACAAGGCGGUGCGCUUCCAGCAAAGCGGGUGGAACAGCUGCGCCAGUAUGUCGAGGAGAACUACGACAGUGAAGAGAAGAAGCUACGCGAUGAUCAUAUCCACCAGCAUUUGGGCUCGGCCCUCACCGCGGCUAUAUGCGAUUUUCUGGAUCUGCCAGGCGUCGAGAUGGGUCGACAGAAUUUCGCUCACUCGGCACUGUUGCAGAACCAACUCAACAGUCUCACGUCAACGCAAGGCCCACCUUCUACUCACCCAGGUGCUGGUCUCUCUUACAUUCGAACGAAUGCUUUCAUGGAGAAUCAUCCAUACUGGGGACCUCAGGCUCACCGCGCGCCUGUGAAAGCGCGUGUCAUGACACCACGUACGAGCGCGACCUUCAACAACCACUACGCUUUGCUCGGCAUUGGAGGAGUAGUGGCCCGUGACCCCAUUGGCACUGGGGUCAACGUCGAUAGUCGCGCAGCUGUUCCGGAAUACAACGAGAACGAGAAAGAGGAGCACUAUGCUAACCCCGAUCGCAUGGUGACCGCUCUCGAUGAGAACCUACCAGGCGGCAACAAGAUUUGGGUGCAUCCUCAAUCGGCUCACAUCAAUGAGGCAGGAUUCAUCGACCUGGAGAUAAGCAGAGGCGACAAGGAAGCCAUUGCUGUCAAGCGGAACAAGGUGCAACACAUUCAUGAUGCGAGGAGUCAAAGUUUUGGUGCUACAGGAUCGGGAUAUGUUGGCGGUGCGCGCCCAGGACAAGAGCCCAAUUAUGGUUCCAGCCUGCCAGAUAUGAGGAGGAGAAGGACGUCGGGAGUGGAGGGAUUCGACCGAGAAAUGGGAAGAAGCCCACUAGAUCAGGCUCAGGCAACGGAGAGGAUCAGACGUUUGAUGGAUGGCUAUACCCCAAAGAAUUCGCCGUCAGACAGUUCGAAAUCAUCAGUAGAGUGAGAAAAUGUAUGUAUAGAUGUGCCCAAAAGAGAUGCGUGAUGCAGUGAAAGUAUUGUGCAGAGUGUCGUUGAUC